UAUCUUACGAAACACAACACACAAAUUAACAUCAUCUUAGAGAGGAAAACCCAAAGUCUGAAUUUUAGUGAAUACCAUUUUCAUCAGAAGAGAAUGAGAGGCAUGGUGAAGAAGCUACUAUGUGGCGGAUCCAAGAACUUUGCGUCUUCAAGAACAUCGGCAUUACCAGAAGAAGGAAAAGUUCGGGUUUAUGUCGGUAAGGAUAAAGAGAGUCAGUGCAAGCUCGAGGUUGAGGCUAACUUGUUAAACCAUCCAAUGUUUGAAGAUCUACUGAGGUUGUCAGAAGAAGAAUUCGGACACUCAUACGAAGGGGCUUUGAGGAUUGCUUGUGACAUUGAUGUCUUCGUCAAUUUGAUCAAUCUAAUAAAAACCACGCAUCAUCAUAACCCAUCCCCUUUGAAGUAACAAUAAUUCUACAAAACUAACGUAGAUUUUAUACCAUUUUUCAUCAUUCUUUACAUCGACAAAACAUGGACGAAGUUCAAUCAUUUUUAUUUUGUUCUUGAGUAUUUAUUUAUGGUUGGAGUCGGGAAGCCAAUGGACAUUUUUGUUAGUGGCCUAAUUCCUAUUAUUAAUUCCUUUAUAUAUUAAUAUCAUACAUAAUUCAACUAUGAAUUGUGAAAGUU